GUCACAUUGUUACAGAAAAAUAAACAAUCAUAACAGCUGUUUCGUGUGAAACGAUUUUCACUGCGUAAAACCAUCUAAAACAAAAUGUAUCACUUAAAAUUAAAUUGAAAUGUGUUGUUCUAUAUUUAAAUCCAAGCAGUAACCUGAAAUCUGCAAGCAGUCAUGACGCAGGACUACUUACUGUCCCUCCCAUACUCCUUGCCAACCGAAAUCCUGUUGUAUAUUUUAACUUAUUUACCAGCGAAACAUCUGGUUAGAUGUCGCCAAGUGUGUGUACGAUGGAGGAAUAUCAUCGACUGGUUAACUACAAGCGACUCGUUGUGGCGGGAACACUGCAAACGAGACUUCAGCGACGUGCAUAUGAUCGCCAGGCAUAAAGCCAGAGUGGGUAUGUUAUGGUUCAAUAUCUACCGUUCGUUAUCAUUGUGGCCCCAGCUGUCUUUGGCCAGAGACGUCCACGACGAAUUCGCCUCAGCAUCGUGCUUAAAUGACGAAAUACAAUCACUCGAAGUACUUAAAAACGGCAUUAUCGGCGUUCACAAAUUUGGAUCCAUAGUAUAUUACGACAUUGAGACGUUGGAGCCGGCCAAACGCGGGCCCAUCACCGGCGAAUAUGUCAGCUACUCGGAAAACGACAACGCUAUUAUCCUAAAGACUCACAAUUUGCACCUGUUUGUUAUCAGGAAGCUAAUCCACAAUCCACAUUUUGAAUCUAACGCAACAUUUCACGAGGUUAAAACAUACAUUCUUGUCGAUAAACUACUUUAUUAUGUAGACCUAAACAACGAUAUUUACCUUUGCAAACUCGACGAAGCUAACCUUGUAAACAAACUCGUAAAGGAAUCCGAGGAAUUCAUCAUGUGCCUUGGGUACACCGACCGUCUCAACGUUCUCACUUUCCGACGUAAUAUCUACUCUAUGAUUGACGGGAAUUUAGUCCUGGUAUGCGAUUUAGAUGAGUGCUAUAAUUUAUUGCACCAGUUUUAUAAAUACAACCUGCUCGAGACGGUAGAUUGGCGAAUUGUAUUCCAAUGGACGUGUAUAAUGCACCACAAGUUGCCUGAAGGGCCUCUGAGGGAAAUAAUGACAGUCCGAAUAUACGGAGACGUAGUACUCGUGGGUUGCAACUGGGGAGUGUUCCUGAUCUACUAUGCACCAUUUACGAACGGAGAAUUUGAUUUAUAUAAAACUGUCCCGGUGAGACAGUAUAACUUUAUGGAGCCAUCGGACUGCCCAGUGCUUAUUGUGUGUCCGAUUUUGAGAGCAGACAUACUUGAAGCUGAGGAUGGGCAUACCAUCAUACUUGCGAUGCCUAAGAAGGUUGCAUUGUUGGACUUUGUGCAUGACUUCAAGAGGACAGAAUCAGUGGCGGUGCUACCCUAUAAUGAUUUGCAACAAGUUAAGUUGCUUAGAACAGCAGAAGUUGACAAUAAUACUAGUUAAAUUCUUCCCUAUUACACAAUUAUUUUAAUUUCAAUAGUGUGUGAUUUAGAUAAUUUACAGAAAUUUAUCUUAAUUUAAUCAAACAAACAAAUUAAUGUUAUUUUUAUGAGUUGACAAAUAGAUGCUCUAAUUUAUUUAAAAAUUAAAUACGAAAUUAAUAUGUCAGAAUUAAUUUGUUUUCAAGCUAAAAUUAUCCAUUGGAAUCAUUAAGACUUGUAAAAUAAAUAUUUGUAUAUAACUCAAAAUUUUUAUAUUUUUUAUUGUAUAUAAAUGUUAUUACAGCAAAACUUGAUAACAUAUUUUUUUGUUAUGUAAAGUGUAU